GAUAUGACACUGAAUUAUAUUUAAAUGACCAAACUUCUAAACAAACAAAUCUCCCUUCUGGAAGGAAAGAACUAUUAGAAAGCACCUACAUACUAGUUAAUCAUCAACUUAAUAAACUUACUUUAGACAUUGAAUGUGAAACUCAAAAGGCAUUAGAACUUUACCAGAAUUGUUGGCUGCAUUUGCCAUUAAGUAUUUGUCGUCUAGCCGAAAAAUAUGGAUGGGAGUUUGCACAAAGUUACGCUUAUAUUGUUUUAAAAAUGCCUUGGAUAUCAGUACCUUCAUUACGAGAACUAUGUUAUAUGAAAUUUAUUGAGUUGGAUAUUGAAAAUGGUGAUUUUAAUGACUUCGGUCUAUUCAAUGCAUUAAAAAAUCCAAUGUUUAAUUGUGAAUUUCACCAAUUCAUUUGA